AUGCUUCAUCCUUCAGGACGGGGAGUUGCCACAGUUUUGGUCCCAGAAGGAAGAGAUGCCAUCUUACCCUGCUCCCUCAGCACCAAGCUGAGCCUUCAACAUGAGGUCUUUGACUGGAAGAAAGAUGGUCAGAAGGAGGUGUUCCUUUACUCUGCUCGCGACGAAUACAAUAACGGACGUCCGGGACAAGACGAGCAGUUCAAAGGUCGGGUCUCACAUUUCCCAGAAGAGUUGAAGCUUGGUAACGCCUCCAUAGUCCUCAGAAACACCAAGCUGGUCGACAGUGGAGACUACAUCUGUAUUAUUCCACAUCUUCAGCCAAAGCAACAAAGUUUCAACAUUAAACUCAUCGUUGAACGUGUCUUUAAGGACCGAUCAGGUGAUGUCACAGGUGCAGCUCCAAAGCCUUUUGUUGGGAUCCUGAACAUCACGGAGGACGGGGCGCUGCUGAAGUGUGAGGUUCCAGGUGCUUUUCCAAAGCCUUUGGUGGAGUGGAAGGACAGCGAUGGAAACAUCCUUCCUGCUGAGGAGCCGCAGGUGUCGUACAGAGGAGACCGCUACUACGUCACCCUCCUCAUCGCUGUGACCAAGACAGACACCAACGUCUUCCGCUGUGUAGCCACACAGCAGGAGAUCAGCCAUGUUACUGAUGAUGAGAUCUACGUGCCUCACUGUGGUUUUAAAUAG